CAACCAUUUCUCUUGCUUUAAUAAUAUUAGGACAUGGUUCUGCUGGAAUCAAUGUGUAUGCAAUGCAGCCAUUUCUCUCUUUUAGUAUGGGGGUUCUUCUGUAAAAAUGACUAGUCUUCAGGGGCAUUAAUGGUUAUAGAAAAAUAUAAACAUGCCAAAGUCUGAGAGAGAGAGAGAGAUAGAGAGUGACUUCUGGCCUCUGUUACUUCUGAUUGGCUGAACUAAUAGAAGAGGAAAAGAAAAUGGUUUUUAUUAUUUUGGUUUGGAAAAUGGUUUUUAUUAUUGUUUUCACUUUAUUAUCUCUCUUCACUGACUGGCAUCAACGAGAACAUCACCACUCCCACUACCCCAUACUAACCAGCAACAGCAGCACCUGUAGAGAACAGAAGCAAAUCUCUAGAGAGAGAAAGAUAGAGAUUUGCUAGAAAGUAUUAGAAGAGAGAGAGAGAGAGAGUAUAAAGGGGAGAAGACAGAGUCUCAAGCUUUUGUUCCAAUCCUCCUUUUGUAGAGGUUUUGAUUUGAUCUGGUCAGAGUAGAGUGAAAAGAAGAACCCAAAAGAUAAAUAGAAAAGAGGAUUCUUUAUUACUUUCUUCAAAGUUCCAGUCUUUGGAUGAGAAUUGAAGAAUAAGGAAGCAAUGGAAUCAGAUCUUCAACAGCAUCAUCAUAAACCCCAGCAGCAUAUGAACUCUAGCUUGAUGCGGUACCGAUCAGCUCCCAGCUCAUAUUUCGCAAAUAUUUUGGACUCAGAUUUUUGUGAACCAUUGUUCAAUCGGCCUUCUAGCCCUGAAAGUGAACGAAUUUUCGCCCGGUUUUUGACUGGUGAAGUUGGUGGUAAUGGUGGUGGGGGAGGAGGAGGAACAGAAGAAACUGCAUCACAUCACAAAGUGACAACACAGACCAAUAACCAGCAAACACAGUUUAUGGUGCCUAAGGUGGAUAAUGAAGCAGGAGUGAUUCAACAGCAACAGCAGCAGCAGCAGAGCCAUUUGAACAACUAUUCUUCUGUUUCUCAGGGCUUUUACCAAAGUCCAUCUUCAAAACCACCUUUGCCAAAUCAGAGUUUGAAUUCAGCUAAUGAAGGAGCUUAUUCAAUGGGGACAAGUCAGUUGCCUUCAGUGAAAACUGGUGGUGUCACUAAUUCGAAUCUUAUUCGGCAUAGUAGCUCGCCUGCUGGACUAUUCUCCCAUAUGAAUAUUGAUGGCUAUGCUGCAUUGAGAGGCAUGGGAAACUACGGAGCCAGUAAUAGCACUAAUGAAGAAGCAUCUUUUUCUUCGACAAGCAGGUUGAAAAAUUUCUCUUCUGGGCCACCAUCUACAUCAGGGCUAAUGAGUCCAAUUGCUGAAAUUGGGAACAAAAGAAUGCGAUCAGAUAAUCAAGAUUCUAGAGGUUUUGGUGAUGGCUCGGGUAACAAUUAUGUCACUGGUUUCCCAAUUGAUUCGUGGGAUGACUCUGCAAUGAUGUCUGAUGAUAUUACACGCUCAGCAAGCUUUAGGGAAGAUGAUAUCAAAGCAUUUACUGGUUUAAGCCCAUCAGAAACUCAGGAUGUGGAGGCUGGAAAUCGCCCUCCUACACUUCUGGCUCAUCAUUUGAGCUUGCCAAAAACAUCAGCAGAGAUGGCUGCCAUUGAAAAGUUUAUGCAGUUCCAAGAUUCUGUGCCUUGUAAGAUUCGAGCAAAGCGGGGUUGUGCCACACACCCAAGAAGCAUUGCUGAGAGGGUAAGAAGAACUCGAAUCAGUGAACGGAUGAGGAAACUACAAGAGCUUGUACCUAACAUGGACAAGCAAACAAACACUGCAGACAUGUUAGAUUUGGCUGUUGAGUACAUUAAAGACCUUCAAACCCAAGUCCAGACAUUCUCAGACAAUCGUGCUAAGUGUACCUGCUCAAGCAAGCAGCAGUAAUAACACAAAAG